GUAUCCUACUCUCCUGAUUUAGAGCUCAAUAUCGGUGUAUUUGAACAGAAAAAUGUGAAUAAAGUUGAUUUCUUAGUUGUUGCAUUUAAUACUCAGGGUUUAUCAAAGGAAGUUACAAACGUCUCUUUACAAGCUGCAGAGGGCGAUCAAUCUCAAUUAAUUAGUGUAAACUACCUACCAGAUGAUUCUUCUAUCUGUAUUUUAGCUAGAUCUGGUGAUAUCGCUCUCAUUCGCUUACAAGAUUUCUCUUUCGAUCAAACUGAAGAUUAUCCGACUGAAAUCGUUGGUACAGUCGAACCAGGUAUCGUAGCAGCCAGCUGGAGUCCAGAUGAAGAACUUCUCGUCAUCGUCACCCUCAACGACGACUUACUCCUCAUGUCAGCCAAUGGUAACUUCGACGUUUUGGCUGAAAUGCCAUUAAGAUCUACAGACUUCGGUCAAGAUAAGAACGUUAACGUUGGUUGGGGUAGCAAGUCUACUCAAUUUCAUGGUAGAGCCGGUAAACAAGCUGCUUCCCUCCCAGGUGGUCCUUCACUCGUUACAGAACAGCAAAAAUCAGAGCCAGUUGGUUUAGCAGAUGACGACGGAAAGGCUAGAGUAACUUGGAGAAGUGAUUCUGCUUUCUUCGCUGUAUCAACCCUUGAUCUCCUUGACAAAGAGACUGGUGAUGGUCAAGUCAAAGCACGAGUCAUUCGUGUAUACAGUCGUGCAUCAGCUGCGUUGCAGUCUACAUCCGAAUUUGCUCCUGGAUUGUCACAGUCGCUCGCUUGGCGUAAGGGUGCUGGUGCUCCUUCCAUCGCAGCAGUCCAAAGGUUUGGUCAAACACCAGGAUGUGCAGCUGGAUAUGACCAUUUGGAUGUCGUAUUCUUCGAGCGUAAUGGUCUUAGACAUGGUGAAUUCACCUUAAAGGGUGUUGCACAAGAGCAAUUGGUUGCAGGCAAAAUUGUCUCAGUCAGGGAACUUGAAUGGUCGGCUGAUGGCAGUGUUGUCGCUGCAUGGCUUGAUAUUGAUGGUAAAGACGUUAUUCAAUUGUAUAGCACUGGUAAUUGGCAUUGGUAUUUGAAAGCGGAGAUACACGCCACUGAACUUUACAAAAGUCGCGUUGAGUCCAUCAAAUUUAGCGAUGAAACUGCAUUGAGUCUUAAUGUUGUUAUGUCAUCUGAAUAUCGCACUAUUGAGUGGGCAUGGACCGUCUAUUCAUCGCCUAAUGAGGUUCACGAUCUCGGCUUAGUUGCUGUUGUUGACGGCGAGGAAACCAAGUUCACUCCUUUAGGUGUAGCCAAUGUCCCACCACCAAUGUCUCUCUAUCAAGUCAAGAGCCAGGGAACACCAAUACAAUUGACGUUUAAUCACUCUAAAUUCGCUGUCUUACUUCCUUUAGGAAAGCUUGAAGUGUACAGCUAUGAUGGCACGAAACCACAUUCUAAGCCAACGUUAGAGAAGUCAACCAGCUUGCCUUCACGUACUCGUCAAAUUGCUUGGAUGGACGAACAAACUUUGGCAAUCACCUACGAAAAUCCUGAAAGUAAUUCACCUGCUAUUGGAGUAUUUGAAAUAAUAAAAGAGGAGUUAAGCCAAGUUAAAUUCGAUUCAGAUGUACAAUUAGACCAUUCAUUUACGGUAAAAGGUCCUGACGGUUCAGCUCUCAUACAGGAUGCGCAGUCUAGAUUGUUUAAAUUGACACAAGAGGGUAUACUUGACGAGUUGGAUAUCGUGUUAGAUGGAUUUUGCCCACAUCUGCAAUACCAUGAGGCUACAUCCAACAUUGUUGCUAUGUCAGCCAACGGUAAACUCAAAAUAGGAAACAUAGACGCUGUGAUGAUGUCCACAUUAGCAAAUAACGCACUCUCAUUUUCCCUCACUCCUGAGUUCUUGAUCGCUACAACAUCAUCUCAUAAAGCAAUCUUCCUCGAUUUAAAUGAACAAAACGAUAACGCUAAGCUCGUUGAAGAGUUGGAAGAAAGAAGAGUAGAAAGGGGUAGCAGAAUUGUGGUCAGUUGCCCAAGAGCUAUGAGAUUAGUCUUACAGAUGCCAAGAGGUAACUUGGAAACUAUCGCACCACGUCCACUUGUUCUUCAGAAUGUCAAGAGGGAUGUCGAUAGAGGUGAUUACAGAAAUGCUUUCAUUGCAUGCAGGAAACAUCGUAUCGAUAUGAAUAUCAUUUUUGACCAUAAUCCUCAAGCAUUCUUUGAUAGAUUGUCAACAUUCAUUGAUCAGAUCCCAGAAGUUGAUCAUUUGAACCUCUUCCUCACUGGUCUUCGUACUGAAGAUCUCACUUUGACACAAUACGCUAAGAAGAAGAUUGAAAACAUCGACGCAUCAAGACCAGAUAAGGCUAAUGAGAUCUGUACAGCGAUCAGAACAGAAUUAGAAAAGAGAGACUUGGUAGCUUACACUCAAACUAUAAUGACAUCUUACGUUAGAAUGACACCACCUGAUGUCGAAGCAUCAUUGAAUCUCCUUCAUAAGCUCAAAUCAGUAGAUAGUGAAAUAGCGGAAGAGGGUGUUAAGUAUAUUAUCUUCUUGGUUGAUUCACGUACACUCUUCGAUGUCGCUCUUGGAAUGUAUGACUUUGAGUUGGUCUUGAUGGUUGCCCAACAUUCUCAACGUGAUCCUAAAGAAUACUUACCAUUCUUGAGGGAGUUGCAAGGUAUGGAGACGGAUGUACAGCGUUUCCAUAUAGAUGACCACCUUCGGAGAUAUAAGAAAGCGCUUGCUAAUAUCUACAAAGCGGAUGGUCAUCUCGAGACCUUCAUCACCUACACACAAGAUCACGACCUUUACACUUAUGCUUUGGAGUUAUCUAAAGGUGACUCAGAUAAUCAUAAGGUUGUUCUUGAAGUGUAUGGUGAUUCACUCAUGGAAAAGAAACUCUACAAGGAUGCAGCAUUGGCAUACAUUCUCGCCAAACUGUCAGAGAAAGCAAUGGAAGCUUACGACAGAGCCCACGCUUGGCAAGAGCUCUUUGGAUUGAUGUCAGUACAUGGAAUCGAAAAGAGCGAGAUUGAAGACACUGCUUACAGAGUUGCUGAAGACCUUAACCAACGUAGACGCUUCCAAGAGGCUGGUCGUGUGCUUUUUGACUACACUGACGAUGUCCAAGCAGCAGCUGACCAAUUUGUUAAAGGCAGCGAAUUCGCUGAGGCUAUCAGAAUUUGUAUAUACAAGAACAGGAGCGACUUGGUUGAGUCAUUCAUCAAGCCUUCUCUCGUAAACACACAAGAAACAAUGAUGGAUGAGGCUGAUGAAAUGGAGGAGCAACUCGCCAAGCAACUCGCUAGAUUAGAUGAGCUUCGCAAAGCUAAGCUUGCAGCACCGGAAGCGUUCUACCUUGAGGAAAGUCUCGAGAAUAACCCAGCACUUGACAAUGUAGAUGUAUCAUCUGAAGCUACAACCGCAUUCACUCAAUUCACGAGAUACACACAACGUGCAUCGACAUUCGCAAGCAGUGCUAUGACAGGUGCGUCGAAGAAACAAAGCAAGCGUAGUAAGAGAAAGGCUGCGAUGAAGGAAGCGAGUGGAAAGAGAGGUACAGUGAAUGAAGAAGUAUAUAUUUUAGCAUCUAUUGGAAGAUUAGCAGAGAGGGUUCAAAAUACAUUGAGAGAGGCUAGCAGGUUGUUGUCAUACCUGUUGAUAUACUCAUACGAGGACGAACACAGAUCUUUGACUGAAAAACUGGACAACUUACAGAAGAAGAUAAUUGAAUCACUGGAAAUUGGCUGGAAAGAGGAUAAAUUUGAGUUACCAAAUGAUCUUAGCGAAGAACAUAAAGUUGUAUACGAGAGAGCAGAUGGAGAGCUCAGAAGGAAGUAUCAACUACCAAAGAAGCCAGAAAUGGCAGAAAUAAAUUGGAAAUCAUUGUAAAAAAAACAAUUUUAUUAGUUUUU